UAUGAUCACCUUACUUUGGCAUCUAUAAAUAGCCCUUCUUACAUACUUAUUUCCUUACUAUCAAUUGAGUUGAUCAUAAUAUUUGAAACAAAUCAAAAAUGGCACGUCUAAAAUUUAUUGCACUUUUCCUUGCCUUAUUUGUUGCAACUUCUGCUAUAUUCGGUGAGAGUAGGGUUGCAAGGAAGGACUUGGGUAUAGAUCUCGGGGGUGUAGGGGUAGGUUUGGGUCUAGGAUUGGGACUCGGUGGUGGAUCGGGCUCUGGAGCUGGUGCCGGUGCUGGAUCUGGAUCCGGUGGUUCAAGUUCUAGCUCCAGCUCUGCUUCAUCUAGCUCGAGCUCAGGUGGAGGUGGAAAUGCGGGUUCUGAAGCAGGAUCCUAUGCUGGGUCAAGAGCCGGAUCUGGGUCAAGAUCACGAGGUGGAGGCCGUGGUGGUGGAGGAGGUGGUGGCGGAGGUGGAGGUGGUGGCGGCGGUGGUGGUUCAGGUGAAGGAAGUGGGUAUGGACACGGUGAAGGUGGCGGGUAUGGUGGAGGAUAUGGUGGCGGUGAAGACUAAAUUAAUUUGAAGUCUACAUGAAAUGGUCGUCAAUAUGCUAGUGUUAAUAUCCUCUAAGAUAUAUAGCAUCUGUUUGUGAGUAGUGUAACAGAAUAAAAAGAAAGGUGUCCCAUAUAAAAAGUCUAUUUGUUUAAUCAGCUUUUAGCUUGCUUGUUUGUAUUUUCAAUAUGUUCAUUAAUUCUAGUAUUCAAAUAAUAAUAUCAUGUACCACGUAUUAUAUUGUCAAUUAUAAGUUGUUUUUAUAUAUUGUGAAGUUCAGCUUUGCAUCUAAAAUAAAUCGGCAGCACAACUCGAUCUUUUCAA